AUGAGUGAGGAUUUGUUUGAAGAUAAUGGCAUGGACGGAUGGUCGUAUUCGUAUCCUGCAUCAUUGAACACCGAUAACGGAAGUACAACUGGCAACAACAAGAAGAAGAGAGCUGCUACCACUGGUAACAAUGAUGAUGGUACUAAUGAUAGUUUUAAUGAGCAUAUAGAAGUGUCUGGAACGACAUCAGACUUUAAUGGUUCUACUAGAGUGUCUCGGAGGAUAGCGGAGAUAAGCUCUGUGACAUCCAGUAAGAAUUCAUCCCAACUUUAUCUACAUCCUGAUUCAGGCUCACUAUUACAGUCUCCGAUAACCGGGAUGGGUAAAUCAUUACCGGCGGACCCUCACACCACGAUUGAAGAUGCCAAUUCUACGUUUUCCACUGCUGAAGCCGAGGAGAAGGCGACUCCUACACAUUCAAGGAGUGGCAGCAGUCAAUGGCGUAAUACUAUGGAAGUUUUUAAAGACGAUUUGGAUGUAGAGACUUCGCCUCGAAUGAUCUCAUUCAGACGACACAAUAAACGGUCCAGCAGUGUAAGUGCAAAUGCAAAUGCUAAUGUUAAUUCCAAUAGCAUUGCUGAAUUGCCUAAGGAAAAGUUUGAUGAACGGUUAUUUGUUGAUGAGUUCUUUAAAGAUACCAAAUAUCGAUACACUACAAUGAAGAGAAACAUUGAUUUCCAUCAAUUGUUCCGGUCAUUGGACUUAACUGAUAGACUUUUGGAUGACUAUGCAUGUGCAUUGAGUAGGGAGAUCCUUCUACAAGGAAGGCUAUAUAUAAGUGAACAUAAUGUGUGUUUCAAUUCCAAUUUAUUGGGGUGGGUAACUCAUGUUGCUAUUCCUAUGGAAGAGAUUAUCAAUUUUCAAAAGAAGUCUACUGCUGGAUUAUUUCCGAAUGGUAUAAUAGUUGAAACAAAGGAUACAAGAUACAAUUUUGCCAGUUUUAUUUCCAGAGAUGCAACGUUUGAAUUCAUGACCACCGUUUGGAAAGAAACUACAGGCAGAAGUCUUUUGGUUGAAACCGGUUCAACCAAAACAGGAGGGAGAGACGAUGAUAAUAUCAGUAAUGAGGGCAAAAUUGUUAACGAUAUUGGAGAUGAAGAGAGUAAAGCGUUUCUUGAUACGGAGGAAGAUUCUCGUUUAGAAUCAUAUAUUCUUUCAAUCGAUGGAGAUGAAGAUGAUGACGAUGACGAUGAUAACGAUAAUGAUAACGAUAAUGAUAACGAUAGCAUUGAAGAUGGCAGCAGUGGCUUGAAUAAUACAAGGACUAUUAAGAUACUUAAGUUCAAGGAAGGUCUAAAAUAUAAGAACAUGGGUCCAGAUUCUCAUGGACCCACCCAUGUAGAUGCCAAAAGUUUUGUUGAUAAUGAAGUUGUUAUGUCUGAGAUGGAAUUGAAUGCCCCACUAGGAGUUGUGUAUGAACUUUUAUUUGGCGACUCCAAUACUACUUUUAUUACCAAGUUUAUUGAAGAUCAUGGUGGUUCAGAGAUCACUAGCUUUGGUAAGUUCCAUCCUUUGGAAUCGGAUCCUACAAAACUAGAAAGAACUUAUACUUACAGAUUAGAAUUAGGGUAUACCAUUGGCCCAAAGUCUACCAAAUGUGAAGUGGCAGAAAUCAUAGAGCAUUUGAAUUUUGCUGACUAUGUGAUUGUGGAGAAAGUCACUCGAACUCCAGAUGUUCCUCUGGGGACUUCGUUUAGUGUUCGAAACAGAUUAUAUUUCAGUUGGGGGAAGAAUAACACCACUAAUCUUAGAUGUACUUAUUAUAUUGAUUGGACAGGAAGUUCAUGGGUCAAGGGAGUCAUCGAGAAACAAACCAGCAGUGGACAAAGGGCUGCUAAUGAAGAUAUGAUGGAAGCAUUAGCAUUGGCUAUCAAGGAGUCCACGUAUGAAGCUCAAACUUCCACUGUUGAGUUCAUUGAAGAGAAAAUCGAAAAGACAUCUUCUUCAACUUCUUCAAUGCCUCGACAUCCUUCAAAGACCAAAAGGCAAAGCAAUAAGGCCGUUACCAAAAGAGAAAGAAGUCCCUUCUUACAGUCUAUCAUCGACAACUUCAAACUCCGGUAUUUGGUGGCUUUCAUUAUUGUUCUUAUAGUGACAAUGUUCCAGUUAAAGCUAUAUGUGAUGGUUAGAGAGACCAACCUAAUAGCCGUGACCCAACUCUCGGUCACUGCACAUUUGGUAUCCACUCUUAUGCAAGAGAGGAACGGCCAUGGGGGGCAUGUACAGAGCAAAAGUGAUUCGGAGUUAUGGACUUGGGUUAAAGGCAAGUACAAAAGAGAAUUGGGCACCCCAGAAAAGGUAGAGUUCUUAGCCAAUCAGCUUGCAGAGUUAUAUGUUGACAACAAUAAUGAUAUGUAUGAGUUUAAGCUUUCUGACGUUAAAGACUUUUUAAAUAGUUUAUUAUAG